UGGCGAGCAGCCCGUCUAACUUGUCUACUUGUCUAGCUUAGUGAGUAGCGCGAGGUGGGCGUCCGCAGCUCGCGUUUUGAUCAAUCCGCAAACAAACUCGCUUCGAAUUCAGUUCAUUCUCAAAUCUCUCUCUCAUUGGUUAAACAAUAUAAUCUUCAAUCAACACUCAUCGAUUCGCAUUUGUUUGCGUGCUGUUUAUGCAACUGUUCGCUCAUCAGUGGUGUUGAGAAUACGCGAGUGGGUAUCAUCGACGCGCCGUCGGCGACGAAAGAAACUAUUUAUAUCCGCCGAUCGGUAUCAUCGCAAAGCGUCUGAUGUGCAUGUGAAGCACACCACAGAGUAGUGUACCGCACGCCAACGACCUUAACCCAUUUCGCCGGAGCAAAAGCGCAGGAAAACAGUGUCGGACAAUGUCGAAAUUGGCGCAGAACAUCCCCACGUACAAGCUGGUUAUUGUCGGGGGCGGUGGCGUUGGUAAAUCAGCCAUCACCCUGCAGUUCAUUCAGAGCUUUUUUGCACCGGAUUAUGAUCCAACCAUAGAAGAUUCCUACACUAAACAAUGCGUCAUCGAUGAUAUACCGGCUAAACUAGACAUUUUGGACACAGCUGGCCAGGAGGAGUUUAGCGCGAUGCGCGAACAAUACAUGCGUUCAGGUGAAGGUUUCUUGUUAGUGUUUUCAGUCACAGAGCGCUCGAGUUUCGAAGAAAUGUAUAAAUUUCACAAACAAAUCCUACGCGUGAAAGAUCGCGAAGAGUUCCCUAUGUUAAUGGUUGGCAAUAAGUUGGAUUUGGAACAUCAAAGAGUUAUCUGGACUGAAGAAGCACAAACACUCGCCCGACAACUUCGAAUACCCUACAUUGAAUGCAGCGCAAUGAAGCGCAUCAACGUCGAUAAUGCUUUCUACGAGUUAAUUCGCGUUGUCCGCCGAUUUCAGCUUAAUGACCGCCCACCAGCCAAACCUUCGCACAGCAAGAGCAAGAAAAAGAAGUGCUGUUUGAUAUAAACCAGCGCAUGCGCAGACGGGACCCUCGAGAGCUUUAAGUGUAACAUUGUGUAUCGAAUUCGGCGGAAACACACGACGUGCGCGCGCGCAUGCGCACGGUUUCCACGCUUUCGGCAACCAUUUUAAUUUCGAAUCUACGUUUUUAAUGCAUCACACACGCAGCUAUAACAUUUAAUAACCAUUGCCAAAAACAAAACGCACUUAAAUAAGAGAACACCAAAAUAUCACGCAGCGAAACGCGCGAAAAGCGAGUCGUGGCGAACACCAAUUUAAAACAAAUAAUUUUAUUUUUAUAAAUAUAUAUCUAUAUUAUAUAUAUACAUAUAUAUUAAUGUGUAACGUAUACUAUUCACAUUUUACUAGGCUGAUUACUAUUUUUCUAUGCGGCCGGUGUGGAAAUUGAAGAAAAACACCGAGGUGUAAAGGUCACACUGCCAAAAUGAUGAUUGAAAAGACAAAAUAUUGAAUAUUGUUGUCAAUUACUAAUCGUAAUCAUAGCCGUCGUCAUAAGCAGCUAUUAAUAUUGUAACUGGAAACAAGUCUUCCGAUGAUUUUAAUUUCUUUUCACUUUCAUCACUAACAUUUUGAUUGUGUUCAUUUGAUUUUUGAUGGUUAAACGAUUCACGAUGCGUAAAUAAAUGUGUCAUAACAAUG